AUGAAAUUCGCUCUGCUUCUCCUCUUCAUGACGCGUUUCGUGAGCUCCGAGGAGGAGUCAAGUGGCGAGGAGCCGCCCGAAAAGCUCCCUGAGCCAUCGGGUCCGGAUGACGUACUUCUGAUCAUGGUGAGGCGGUGCCUAUCGAUUGGUGUCUAAAAAUCCGAGUUUAGGGCGAAAACGCGACGUUUCUCAAUGACAACGGGACGAUUUACGAGUCGACGGAGCCGAAAUACGCGUUCAGUCUGCUCGAGACGUACCUUCCGCUCUUCCUGUUCGUCCUGGAUCUGCCCGCAAAGGAUCGGGACACUCUGCGCGCGUACAUGUCGGAGAAAACGUACGAGAAGUUAAAGUACGAUAUCGAUUCGAGGGUGCGCGCGCGGAGGGACCACGAAGACGACAAUAUUCUCGGCAAGAUCAACGAGUCACUGGUCGGAUCCAUUGAGACGGUCGAGCAGUUCGACGAGAUUACGAUACUUCUCGUGCACGGAUAUCAUGUGAGUGAUAAGGUGCCUUGGCGUCUCUUCCCAAUUUCUCAUUUUCAGAACGCCUCGGUCUACAACGCAAUCCGUUCGGUCUACCUGAAACAAUUGCGUCCGUUCCUCCCACUCAUCGAUCAAAUGGCCAUCAUGCAGUACUUUGCGCAAAGGUGCCGUAAUACCGGCCACGCGAAAUUCCUUUUUUUUUGUCAAUUUCAGAAAAGUGUCCGAGUACGAGCGCAUGUCGAUUUGGGCGCGAAUCUGGGAGAAUCUGAGUGUGUGGAUGUACGGAAAGAAGCAGCUGAACGAGUGCUACGCGACGGAACCAAAGUGCGUCAGGCGUGCGUUGGAGGCGUUGAAUUUCGAGCAGAGGAUCAGUCUGGACGCGGCCGCCUACGAGAACAAGUUUGACAGCGUCGACGGGAUUAUUAGGGACAAGGUAGGAGAAAGUUGCGCAGAAGUUGCAUGCAUUAGUUGCUUAAAAUUUUUACAAAAGUUGCAUAAGUCUACAAAUUUAGCUGGACGAGAACCAGAAAAGCAGUGAACUGGACGAAUGGCUGCUCCGAAAUCGACCGCCCGUCGCGUUGCAAGCGAUUCUGGACGAGAGAAGUGACGUGGAGGAAGAGUAGGAUUUGCAGAAAGUUACACAACUAUUGUCCGUUUCCAGAGCGCUCCAACGGCUACGCGACAACGGAGUUUUGAGCUCGCUCAAGCACUACUACAAGGCGGUCAUCGAGACGCGGAAUCAUGAGGAACAGGAGGUGCGUUGGCAGUCAAAGAAGGCUGCGUCGAAGCAAAUAUAUGCGUUGCAGGAAAUUCGAAGCUAUUUCGACGCGAUGAACGACACAUUCGCCCGGUGUUUCGACCCACUUCGCGGACAAUAUCACGAUUUUUAG